AUGUUCCACACCUUUGAAAUCCACCGCAGCCCGCGUACAGCGACUCGCGAAGAACGGCAUGGACGACGACCAGGAUUACGAGCCUGCAAGGAAUGCCGUCGACGCAAGAUCCGCUGCACGGGGACGCAUCCUUGUGAGCCGUGUCUGUACUAUAAGAAGCCCGAGCUGUGUCGCUAUUCAGAUCCCAGAAUGCCACCCAGCAGGAUCCGAGACGACGAUUGUAUUGCAGAUAGUCAGUACCGAGCUGUUCUGGAGAGAUUGUUUCCUUCGGUAUCGUUGCAGUCGCUUGUAAAUCUGACGCGUGGGGAGCUGCUGGAUCUGUUGCGGCAUAGUAUACUUGCCUCGAAUGGACCCCCUCCGCAGCCAUCAGAGAGUCCGGAUGAGGAUCACUCGCGAUCGUCUUUGGAGGCGAUGUCAAUAGGAAAUGCUGAGAGUGGCGAGGUUAAGGCUGUCAAUGAAGAGGACGAUGUAUCGGAUGAUGUCAACGCGCUCUCUAUGGCGACGCGUCCGCCGUCCACCUACUUAGGGAUUUCCUCCAUUAAUGCCGUCCUCAAGGUCAUCGGAUGGGUCAAUCCGGAAUCAAUGGCUCGACCGUCCCCUACAACUCCAUCGAGAGACAAGCCUAGAGGGAAACCGCGAGUCCCGAUAGCCCCAUCCAACCAAUCCCAAGCCAGCAGCCAACUCAUCGAUGCCUACUUCAACUUCAUCCAUCCCUCCAUGCCGCUCCUCGACGAGACCGAUUUCAGAAAGACCUACAUAUCCAACACCCGACGCGAUGAGCACUGGCUCGCCCUCAUGAACAUGGUCCUCGCCCUAGGCAGCAUCUCCGUCUACCCCAGCGACGACACCACGCACAUCGCCUACUGCAAGCGCGCACGCCAUUAUCUCUCCCUCGAAUCCCUCGGCAGCGCACACAUCGAGACCGUCCAGACUCUCGGCAUCAUGGCCGGCCACUACCUGCACUACAUCAGCCAGCCAAACCUGGCAUACGUGCUCAUCGGGGCCGCGAUGCGGAUGGCCACCGCGCUCGGUCUGCACAAGGAGCUGGCAGACGCAGACGAGAGCGAGAGCAGGCCGCUCCAGCCAUCGGUUCCCGCCGAUCUGCGCCGGCGGAUUUGGUGGUCGCUCUAUUGCCUCGAUACAUGGGGUUGCAUGACCCUCGGACGGCCAACGAUAGGCCGCUCCUCGAUGGCAGUUUCGACGAUGCCGCCAGUUAACACAUCAAGCACCCUCAUCCUCGUCGAAAACAUCCGCUUCUGCCAGAUCGCUACCCGCGCCCAGGAAGCCCUCGCCGCAUCUCCUCUCCCGGCGUACGCCCAACUCCAAGAACUUGACGCCGAAUUGACAGACUGGUACGAGCAGCUCCCACCUCUCCUGAAAUCGUACGAGCCCUGCCCGGACUCGAUCCACACGGCCCGCACCCGCAUGCGCUGGAGUCUGCAUAACCUGCGCAUCCUCCUCUACCGCCCUAUCCUGCUGCACUAUGCCCUCCGCCGCGUCCCCGCCAUCGCGCUCCACACUGAAGAGCGCCUCGCCAUCGAAAAGUGCCAGCGGCUCGCGCGCGAGGCGAUUGUCGAUAUCGCCGAGGCUCAGGUGAAGAGUCCCGUGGCGGCGUGGGGGGUCAUCUGGCAUGCGUUCCAGGCGAGCCUGGUGCCGUUGUUGACGCUGAGUAUUCUCGCCGGGGAGGCUGAGGGGGAUACGGACAUGGAGACGGUGGAGUCGUGCAGGGAGCAGGUUGAGGUUGCCAUGGCGGCGAUUGCGCGCGUCGAGGAGUGGCAUCCGACUUCGCGGCCGAGUCUGGAUCUCAUUACGAGGAUUUUUCGGGCGUCGAUGGCGAAGUUGGGGACGGCGUCGGUGUCGGGGGUCUCGUCGGGUGGAGUGUCUCCUGCUGCGCCGGGGAGGGUAUAUCCGGUUGUUUUGCAGUCGGGGAUCCAGAUCCCACAGACCGUCUCGGUGGCGUAUACGGGGACUGAACUGGGCGUGUCGAGUCAGGAUGUUUGGGAUUAUAUCAGUUGGGCGGGGCAUACGGCGUGGGCUGAUGCGCAGGGACAAGCUAGUACGAUGGACCUGUGGUCCACGCCGGGGUGGUGGCAGGUUUAG